AUGGGUGCAGGGGCUAGUGCAGAGGAAAAACACUCCCGUGAGCUAGAGAAAAAGCUGAAGGAGGAUGCUGAGAAGGAUGCCAGGACAGUCAAGCUACUGCUUCUUGGAGCUGGAGAAUCAGGUAAAAGCACCAUUGUCAAGCAAAUGAAAAUUAUCCACCAGGAUGGCUACUCCUUGGAGGAGUGCUUGGAAUUCACCUCCAUUAUCUACAGCAACACCUUGCAGUCCAUGCUGGCCAUUGUGAAGGCCAUGGGCACACUCAACAUCCAAUAUGGGGACUCGGCCAGGCAUGAUGACGCUCGCAAGCUGCUGCACUUGGCAGACACCAUUGAAGAGGGCACCAUGCCUAAGGAGAUGUCCAGCAUCAUCUGCCACCUUUGGGAGGACACGGGCAUCCAAGCCUGCUUUGAGAGGGCCUCAGAGUAUCAGCUAAACGACUCGGCUGGCUAUUACCUGAGUGACUUGCCACGACUGGUAGCCCCUGGAUACGUCCCUACAGAGCAAGAUGUUCUCCGCUCGAGGGUUAAGACCACUGGCAUCAUUGAAACUCAGUUUUCCCUUAAGGAUCUCAACUUCAGGAUGUUUGACGUGGGAGGCCAGCGUUCUGAGCGCAAGAAGUGGAUCCACUGUUUUGAAGGAGUCACGUGCAUCAUCUUCAUUGCUGCCCUCAGUGCCUACGACAUGGUUUUGGUGGAGGACGAUGAAGUCAAUCGCAUGCAUGAGAGCCUGCACCUCUUUAACAGUAUCUGCAACCACCGCUACUUUGCCACCACCUCCAUUGUUCUCUUCCUGAAUAAGAAAGAUGUUUUUGAGGAGAAGAUCAAGAAGGCCCAUCUCAACAUCUGCUUUCCGGAUUAUGAUGGCCCCAGUACAUAUGAGGAUGCAGGUGCCUAUAUCAAGUUGCAAUUCCUGGAGCUGAAUAUGAGACGGGAUGUGAAGGAAAUCUACUCACACAUGACCUGUGCCACCGACACACAGAACGUCAAGUUUGUCUUUGAUGCUGUCACUGACAUCAUAAUCAAGGAGAACCUGAAAGAUUGCGGACUCUUCUGACAGCGGCCGCAGCUCCACACAGGUGCAAGGGGGGAAGAGCGGGAGGAAACCAUUCCAGACUUCCAGUCUGUCCCACUCUCCUGCUGUGUGAAGGCCUAGGCAUCCUCCUGUAUUAUUAGUCUGCAAGGAGAGAUAAAGCAGCCCUCUGCUCUAGCACAAGGUGAAUUUGUGGGGGUGCCAUGCCUGUGAUAGAGGAUAUGCUUUGCAUGCAGAAAGUCACCUUUCAGUCACGGGUAUCUCAGCUGG